AUGUCUCGGCGUUACGAUUCACGGACUACCAUCUUCUCCCCCGAGGGUCGACUGUAUCAGGUCGAAUAUGCCCUCGAAGCCAUCUCCCACGCAGGUACUGCUCUUGGUAUCCUAGCCAAGGAUGGCAUUGUCCUCGCCGCGGAGAGGAAGGUCACCAGCAAGCUGCUUGAGCAGGACACAUCCGCUGAGAAGCUCUACACAAUCAACGAGUGCGUCAACAAUCCCUUUCUAUCCAACGAAUGCAUCACAGACCCUCUCGAGAGCUUUGAGCUAAUGAUUUGCAGUAACAUGAUCUGCGCAGUGGCUGGCAUGAACGCCGAUGCCAACAUUCUGAUCAACUACGCCCGUCAGAACGCCCAACGUUACCUCCUCACCUACAACGAAGACAUUCCCUGCGAACAGCUUGUGCGCCGGUUGUGUGACUUGAAGCAAGGAUAUACGCAGCAUGGUGGUCUCCGUCCAUUCGGUGUGUCGUUCAUCUAUGCCGGAUGGGAUCACCUUCGUCAGUUCCAGCUGUACCAGAGCAACCCGAGUGGAAAUUACGGCGGAUGGAAGGCGACAAGUGUCGGUGCGAACAAUGCCAGCGCACAGAGUCUCCUCAAGCAGGACUACAAGGAAGACCAGACUUUGCAGGAAGCCUGCGCCAUGGCGGUGAAGGUCCUGAGCAAGACUAUGGAUUCGACGAAGCUCAGCAGUGAGAAGAUCGAGUUCGCAACAGUGGGUAAGACUAAUGACGGAAAGAUCUACCACCACCUGUGGACCGCUGAUGAGAUCGAUGCGCUCCUACGGGAACAAGGGCUGGCUAAGGUUGAUGAUGAGCCCGAGGCUGGUGAGAUUAAAUAG